GGGAAUGGUUUUGGUGGAUUGCUUUUUUUUGUUCGCUCUUGGUCGAGGCAGCACAAUGUUUUGGGCCAGCCCUUACGCAGGGGUAUUAAUACUUAGGAUACUGCCAUUUUACACCAUUUCUCACUUCUUUACUUUGCUGCCACUACUGUCGCAGCAACCUCCCCAAACUCUAUUGCCUUGCUUAUAAUACUAGGUAUUUAUUAUUUAUGUCAUAACUGCCGUGCUCUCCAUUGAGCGUAUAAGCGGCCAUCCUUUAAGAUUGCAACAUUAUUGCGAUUGGGCACCAUACCUAGAAUUAUCCCGGAAGCUGCGCUUUCAUUGGAUGCUUUACGAGAUUCUUGCUACUUUAGCUGACAUUUAAGCUAUAUCCGCUUUUAUAAACGCACAUACUGAUCUUUUCACAGAGCGUAAUAUAUUUUGUUGAAUACAUUUAUGUGCUGGACUGAGUAAUGGAGCUGCGCAUGCUGAAGUGGACGUGGCCAUUUUUGCUUUUUGGGGUCGCGCAGUGGCCCGUGGUGACUAAUGGACUACGGAAUGGACUGGCCCUUACACCUCCGAUGGGUUGGCUGCACUGGGAAAGGUUUCUGUGCGAGACGGAUUGUGAGAAAGAACCUUACACGUGUGUUAGUGAGAGGCUUUUCAUGGAAAUGGCUGAUGUAAUGGUAUACCAGGGCUGGCUCGAUGCUGGAUAUCAGUACUUGUGUAUUGAUGACUGCUGGCUAGCUCCCAAAAGAGAUGCACAAAACAGGCUGCAGGCUGACCCUGUCCGAUUCCCUAGUGGUAUCAAGAAGCUGGCUGACUAUGUUCAUGCUCGUGGACUACGUCUUGGAAUAUAUCAGGAUGUUGGAAAGCAGACAUGUGCAGGGUUUCCAGGGAGCCAGAAUUAUUAUGAGUUGGAUGCACAGACUUUCUCUGAAUGGGAAGUGGAUCUACUAAAAUUUGACGGGUGUUAUUAUGGAACUCUGGAACAGCUGGAGGAUGGAUACCGUCGUAUGUCUAUGGCUUUGAACAGGACUGGUCGAAAUAUUGUGUUGUCCUGUGAGUGGCCUCUGUAUGCCAGACCCUUAAAAAAGGUGAAUUACUCAGAGGUUGCAGAAUAUUGCAACUCAUGGAGAAAUUUUGGUGAUAUAUCAGACUCGUGGUCCAGCGUGAAAAGUGUACUUGACUGGACUGCAGUCUUGCAAGAUUCUUUAGUUCCUGCAGCUGGCCCAGGUGCCUGGAAUGACCCAGACAUGCUUGUGAUAGGUAAUUUUGGUUUGAGCUGGGACCAGCAGGUGACACAGAUGGCACUGUGGUGCAUCAUGGCAGCUCCUCUGUUAAUGUCUAAUGACCUGCGAGAGAUCAGUGCAGAGUCAAAAGCUCUUCUCCAGAACAAAGAAGUGAUUGCAAUUAAUCAAGAUUGUCUUGGUGCACAAGGAUAUAGAAUUCUGAAGGUUGACAGUUUUGAGUUAUGGGAAAAGCCUCUGUUUGGGGGAUCUUUGGCUGUGUCUGUAACAAAUCGCAACGAAAUAGGUGGGCCUCGCCGAUUUCUUCUCUCCCGCAUUAUGCUUUGGAAAGGAACAGCUUGUGGAGAUGUAUGUUACGUUACCCAGCUUCUUCCAACUCGAAAAGAGUAUGGAUACUUCAAUACUACUGGCAUAUUGUCACUUUCAGUAAAUCCUUCAGGGACCGUAUUGCUGAGGAUAGACUAAAGGCGCACAGUCUUAAUCUCCUUUUUCCAUCUUGGCAACCAAAUUUGGUAACUGAACUGAUACUGGGGAUGGUCACAAAAAAACUGGGAAUUUACUGUCAUUUAUGCGUUGCAAAUAGUGUAUUCCAGUUAAGAAGCUGCUGUUCUCAAGUUAAAAGAAAGAUGAGCUGUAUAUUAGUUUUCAUAACUCUGGAACACUUUCAACUAAUUAAAAUUGAAAAUGAGCAGUGACUGCACAUUCUAAAUCUACAAUCAAGGCAGGUAUGUGGGGGCAAGUUACUGUUUUCUGAGAAUAAACUGCAUUCAAGAGUUGCUGUAUCUUCCUCCUGGCCUGGUUAUUCCCCCCCCCCCCCGAUCAUUGAUGUUAAUUAAGCAAUUAUAUGCAAAAUAUAUUUAGAUUAUGUAUAAAAAGAAAUCAAAUGAAUAGGUUUUAAACAA